UACCGACACGGUGACUCGUUUUAAACCAUACCUUCUUAUUGUUUUGCAGCUUCCAAGUUUCUUUUCGAAGGUCCACGAUUACACCAUGUACUCCAACGAUUUGGAAUUCAUCAACGGACUCAUCAAUACCAAAACCAGAGGCCUCCUGGUGUACCAGCUGACCCUCUCCCUGUGGCGCGUCAUGUGUGUGUGUUACUACUCCAAGGCCCGGCUGGAGGUGCUGAAGCUCACUAAGCACUCUGAGGACGGCACAGUGAAGGCUCGCUGGAGGAUCAUCGGCCUGCCCUUCUAUUCCCAGCUGCUGCGCUUCUACCGCAAAGACAAAUCUCAACUGUACAGGUCAUAUGAUGCAUUCUCUACUUUUUACAUUGGACCGGAUGGACUCAUUCACUGUCAUAAAGUUGAAACGGUGAGCAGCGAACUAGCGGAUGUUCUGAGAGCAGGGGCUGACACAUUUUUUAUUUCCAUAAAUAUUUCACCUGAAAGUUCUAGAUGUAGAACCACCAGCUACAUCUUUAGAAUAUUUCUUUCAGGCAAUAUAUUUUUGGGGAAAUAUUGAGCAAAAAUGUAAUUAAAAUAUCUCAGUACUAGCUGAUCGUCACUUCCUGUGUGGGCACAGCAGCAAUGUGAGACAACACUACAUGGUUGAAAUGCACACACUUCACAAGUGUUUACAGUGAACCACAUGGCAGUGUACUAGAGCA